CAGAGAUCUGUUGCCCUGUUCCAUAAACCCUAACCUCACUUCGUCAUUUUUCCAGAGUGAGUGAGGCAGUUAAGCUGAAAUCGGAGAAAUUCGAUACAAUCCGGGAUGGAUAAGAGCAUGAUAGGAGAUCUGGAUUCGCUUCCAGAGGAAGAUAAGAUGAGAAUGGCCACCAUGAUCGACCAGCUCCAGAUCCGCGACAGUUUGAGAAUGUAUAACUCACUUGUUGAGAGAUGCUUCAAUGAUUGUGUCGACACCUUUAAGCACAAAUCACUGCAGAAGCAAGAGGAAACCUGUGUCAGGCGAUGUGCCGAGAAGUUCCUAAAGCAUUCCAUGCGUGUUGGCAUGAGGUUUGCAGAGCUCAACCAGGGCGCUGCGACACAAGAUUAGUCAUCAAAUCAGCAAAGGAGUAGAAAGCGCGCCUUCAUUCCCGUCUUAGCCUGUUGUUGCCUUGUUUUUUCCUGGAGAAUCUCCCCCCCUUUCUUUACAUAUAAAAACUGACUAGUGGUCAUAUGAAGUAUGAACUGCCAACACGCACAAGGUGAUGAAUGUCGACAAUAAAGAUAACAAUUCUACAUAAGAUGAUGCAAAGUAUCUUCACAAAUGUAUAA